GCUUUUCCUCACAGGAUUCCUCCGAUUUCCCUCACGGAAUCCCUGAAUUCCCUGACAGCCGGACCUGGUUCUCCUCAGAGGCUGACGCGGCUUUCCCUGACAGCCAGACCCGCUUUUCCUCACGGACAGCUCCGCUUUUCCUCACGGAUAGCCCCGCCUUUCCUCACAGCCAGCGCUGCUUUUCCUCACAGGCUGCUCCUCUUUUCCUCACCUCCAAACCCGCCUUUCCCUGACAAACCCACCCGCUUUUCCUCACAGUAUUCCCCUGAUUUUCCUCACGGCUUUCCCAGACAGCCAGACCCGCUUUUCCUCACGGAUAGCCUCCGCUUUUCCUCACAGCCUCUCCCUCACAGCCAGCCCGCCUUUCCCUGAGAACCAGCGCCGCUUUUCCUCACGGGCUGCUCCUCUUUUCCUCACCUCCAAACCCGGCUUUCCCUGACAGCCAGACCUGCUUUUCCUCACAGUAUUCCCCUGAUUACCCUCACGGCUUUCCCAGACAACCAUACCCGCUUUUCCUCACAGCCAGGACCGGCUUUCCCUCACGGAUAGCCCCGCCUCUCCUUCACUGCUCCCCCGCCUUCCCUCACGGCCGCUCCCGCCCCAUUGGCGGGAAGGACUUCACCGCCGUCCGAGUGACCCUCAGCCCCGGGACAGCCCUCCCCGGCCGUCCCCCGGCACAACUGGUCUCUGAGGAGCCCUUGGAGCCGCAUCCUGACCCGUACAGACCUCCUCCGGCUGGCGCCCUGGCCCCGCUGCCCUCAGGACGGAAGGCAGAAGAAACCAAUUAAAGAAGACAACAGCAGAAGCAGAGCAAGUUUUAAAGUCAUUAUCAAGCCCAGCAUCUCUCUGUACUUCUGCCAAAAGCACAGAUGGCAUUUCCUAGUUUGUUUUAAGUUCUGAGGGCUCGUUUCACCAUGACCUCUUUUGAUGAGGCUGAAACUGAAGAAACAGUAACGUGUCUCCACAUGACCUUUUACCAUCCUUGCCAAGAAGAGAAGAUGAUGUUUCGUUGCUUGAAUUUCUCUAAGAGAGAACAGGUCAGGGCAGAUGAAAUGGCCAAGUUUGGCCGUGAUCCCAACGCCUGCCACUACAACCUGCUGGAUACCCGGGUUUCUCGGGUCCAGUUUUCUGUGCAGUUUUACAGAAAACUCAACAGCCCAGAGCAUUGUUUUGAGAUAAAGAACUUGAGCAAGAAAACAAAGCUCCGUGUGGACCAAACAGAUCUGGGUUACCUAAACAAAAUCGACCUGCCAUGGAAGUGCAUCAUUUGUUUUGGGGACUACCAGAUUUUAGCAGAGAUUCAAGAAGGGGAGUCCAUGGAUUACUUUGAGACUCACUUACACUUGGCUGACAAACCAAUCUUACAAGAAAGGUGCUUGCCAUCACUGCAACCUAUAGCAGAGAAUGGCAUUCCUUCUUCCUUCUUUUCUUCCCAAGAAAAAAGCCCCAUAGAGAUUGAUGAAAACGAGUCAUGCUAGCAUGGGGGGAAGGAGGCUGGAUCAGGAUUUGAUCCUUGGAAACCUGCACGUCUUCCAAAACUGAAGGCUUUCAUCUCAGUCCACUGUUCUUGAUGGUUCUCAUCACUGCACAGCAACCUUCUUGUUUUCAGCAUACCAGAAUGUACCUUGUCCCACAGAAACUGAGUCCUGGCACUGUCCCCAGCAGGGCUUGUGAUCUCUUGAUUACCUCUGUUUGGCACAGGAACACCUGGGAGACACAGAGGGCCUCUUGAGUCCAUUUUCCUUUUGAGUCCAUUUGUUAUCCUUUGCUUUUGACACAAAAUUCCAAAGAGUAUUUUCAAGCCUCCCCCAUUAUGCAGCUUAGAAACACUUUGUCACCAUAGUCAAACACGUAAUAAAACAAAGGUAUUGUUUUCUUUGACUUUGCUGUAAGAUUUUUCUUG